AUGGCCGAAACCAAUGGCAUAUCUUCAAACCACGAUGGCGACACCAUCGCAAUUGCAUCUUCCCACUUAGGCAAGCGAAAAAGAACCUUAUCCCCCGAGCCAACCACUCCCGCCGAAAAAUUACAAGACCCUUCGCUUCAUCAUACUCUUCAGAACGUCCUAUGUUUAUUCCGGAAACAUGACACUCGCCCAUCGCUUCUAAAGUGUCAUCUACCUUCUUCAAGCUCGGAGAGCCCCAGUGCUAAAAAGGCACGCCUUGCAGAUGUCGACAAGACAAACGACACUAUCGAGCACCGCAUCCUCACAGAUUCUUACACUUCGCUGGAAUCCUUGAUGGAGGAUGUCAAUACUGCCAGAAGUGCCCUCCUUGAUGGGUUCUCUCAUUCAAAUCUGAACGGACAGACUCCGACCGUAACAUCUUCCGAAGUCGAUCUCAAGGCGCAAUUAACCCAUCUCGUCAGCUUGGUCGGCGGCUACCUGAAAGAGCCUACAAAACUUCCUAACGGCCAUACGCCGAGCAACGCUGUAGAAGAAGUCAACGACCCCAUUCAGUCAAAUGCACGCACGGGCCAUGUUCUAUCCCUUCGAACGCAAACUAAUGGGCAGAUGCAACACUUGUUCUCGGGGUUGCAGGAGCGACGGACUACAGGAGAGAAUGAAGGGGGUGCAGGGGGUGACAUUGACGGGCUUGCCCUACCGAAUGGCUUUGAAUUAACCGCCUUUGCUGCCUUAAACGGAGGCACAAAAUCGCGGAAGCUGGGCCCUCGGUCUUUUGGUGAGGUUUUUGGCCUACCAACCGCCGCUCGAGCGAGACUAUUAGAAGAACCCCGACCAUCUCGAACUUCUACAACCUCCAACCAGUUGAAAUUCAUUCCGCACUCCGACAUUUUCGACCGCUCUCUAAACAUCAAGGGUGACUACAGGAAUGCGAGACUGCCCGCUGGCUCCUGGGUAUCAUACGGAGGGAACAAUUUUCAGACAAGUUCUCAAUCUGCUGGCAACGAUUUCAACUCAGGGUUGCUUGCCAACGAAUUGUUGCAGCCAGGUCUCACGGAUGAUGACGCACUAUUCCGCAGUGUCUAUUCUUCAUUCGCUCCAACCUCAGACAAUUCCGCAGCCCUUAUUUCGUCAGAGGACAUUAGCGAACGUUGGUGGCGAAAGUCGGGGUCUCGAAAGAUAUCGGCACUGUUUACUGCAACUGACGGUCAAGAAUUGGAUGAUGACUAUGAUACGACACAGGGGCUUGAAGAAUUUGACAACAUUCUUAAGAAUUGGGUGCCAGAUGAACAUGAGGCAUUUCCUGACGGCCCCUCAGAAGAGAACAAAGAUACCGAUGAGCUUCUGCAGGAAGUCUCUGAUCUCAUCCAAACAUUAAGCUCAUAUCAAGAAAACCGGAGCCUUGAUCCCCCAGGACGCGCACCCAAACCGUCAGGACAAGAGUUUGAUACCUUUGAAAUGCUACGGACUCAAAUUCGCCUUCUCGUGGAUGGCUUACCCCCUUUCGCGGUGGCAAAAUUGAAUGGCGGUCAGCUUGAAAAAUUGAACAUUUCCACUAACUUACUAACCAAAGCACCCGAAUAUGCUGGAACCGGACAACUUGAGGAGUAUGCAGCGAAUGGACAGCGAACCAGCGUAACAGCCACAUCAGCGGCGAAUCGACCUGGAGGAACAGUUCAAGUCCGUCCCAGUUACACACAACCUCAGACCACUACUCCCGCCUUCAAUGUUCAAGCCAGAACGUUCAAUUCCUCGGUACCUGCUACUGCACCUUAUGGUGUGAGAACUGCUCCAAAUUAUCAGACACCAACGGUAGCUCGGCCACCUUACUCCCAGACGCCGUAUCAGCCCCAGAACACGCCUUACAGCAGCACUCGAGCGACCAUUCAGCAGUAUCAACGUUCAUUGCAGAACGGUCUCGGCAAUUAUACAAACAGUCAGGUUCAAGCACAGACUCCAGGCCUUGGCCAGAGACCGACACAGCCGGGAUAUCAGCAGCGCGCACAGGAUAGUCCCAUGACGGCACUAGCACGGUCUGGAUCGCCACAGAAGCCAAUGGUGAUGUACACUCCUAGGGGUCUUACACAGAAUCCAUACCCCUAUCAGCGACCAAACCCAGGAACUCCACCGACGCCUAGCUAUGCACAAAUAGCUGGAAGUGUGACUGGCCGAUAUGACGGGAUUGCAGACCCGCCUAAGAGUGAAUUUGUCGGGGCAGGGGAAGGUCAAGGACCAACGAAAUCACAAUCGCCGGCCAUUGCAGCAGCAGCGAUGAGCCAGUCUCAAACGGUGGAGGUAUCCAGGUGA